AUGUUGGCCUUCGGUAUUCUGUUAUCCAUAUUGCUCCUCGCCAUCGGUGUCAAGGGGGCGGCACAAAUCGGAUGUUUCAAUCGGACCGUCAUUGACCCAUUCCCAUCUAUUCAGAUCCCCUUCGAUCCAGCCGUUACUACGUGCUCGAAUCUAUGUGAACAAUAUCCAGCCACCUACGCAAUUUACUGGCCUCAAGUUUCCACUCCUACAUCAGAAUGGAUCUGUCAAUGUUCUCAAAGUUCACCGAAUGGUACCGAACUACAUCCUGCUUUCUUCUCUGAGGGAUGUAAUUUCCCAUGGGUCUCGGUUGAUGUUAUCCGACCAGCUGGUAACUUUAGGUGGGCCGGUUGUUGGAUCUUGCCACCCGGCGUCACACCCUGGACGGACGUCGCCACAUUCGAAGACUGUUUCGAGAGAUGUGUCUCAACCCCUCUCGCUUAUGCUCAAUAUGUCGGUGAUAACGCUCAAUGCAUAUGCACCUCUAGCUAUCCACCUGUGGACCUACCCCUGGAAUGCGGUCAGAAUACCCCAUUCCUCUAUGUUCACGAUGUGAUUCCUAGUGGAUUUGUUAAACGUCAAGCGAAAAAGAGGAUGAACGAGCAGGUGGUUCUGGGUCCGUGCCCGAAUGGUAGGACGGCUUGUCGAACUGCUUCUGAUGGUCAGUUCUAUGAGUGCAUCGACACUGAUACUGAGAUUGAGUCAUGUGGCGGAUGUAUCUAUGGUACAUUUGGAGAAGAAUCUAAUCAGGAUGUCGGUUCGAUCGGAGUUGACUGUACAUCCCUUGAAGGAGUGACAUUGGGAGCAGUCACAUGCACUGGCGGAAGAUGCGUAGCAUCGUGUUGUGAAGAUGGGUAUACGUUGAGAAAUGGGAUAUGUGUCGCUAAGCCAGCACUGGCGAUUUAA